AGGCUGGCGGGACACCAAUACAUUAUUCAAACUAAGUUGUGUGAACACUCAUACAUAAGAAGUGAAGUUAUUAGACAUGGGGAAUCUGCAAACAAAAUUCUUAGAGUUAAGGAAUUAAAGUAAAAGUUGGAAGCUUACUGUGGAUGCUUGCCCUUUUUCUCCUUUUACUAUGUCUACUGUUUCUUAUCAGGUAGGUAAAGAAUAAGAUGCUGUUUCUUUUUGUCUAAUCCUUUUUCUAUUUUGUUUUCUUAUUGAGAGUCAAAACGUGUAUCUGGUUUGGAAAUAACUCACUAUCAAGACAAGAUUUGGAUCCUUAAUUUGAGGAAGUUUCUCAAAAGAUGGACACACAAUCUUCUAAAGGAACACUGGUUACAAGAGAAGAAGGUAAGAGCAUUGGGGAUGAAAAUUUUGUUGAUGAAUGCAGCAUCAUAAUUCAUCAAGAUUCAAUCUUCAAUUCUCAGGGAAUCAGUGAAAAUGAGAGACAGUGGCUAUAUUCAUUGGAGAAGGGAAGAGGGUACAUUGGCUCAUUGGAGAAGCUAAAAAUUCAGAAGGUCCCUAAAAAGCUUCGCGAGAUUGAAUCAAACAUAAGGUGCUAUGAGCCCCUUGUGGUUUCUAUCGGACCAUUUCACCGUGGCAAAGAAGAAUUUAAGCUUAUGGAGAAGCACAAGGAUCUACUGGCAAUUCGGUUUGCAGAUCAAGAUAGUACCAAAAAAAGACCUGAAGGUUUGGAGGCACAGUUUAGGGGUCCAGAUAACCAGUAGAUCUCUUCCGACAGAUUUACAGAAUCAAGUGGUGAGCUUCUAUAUUUUGGAAGGCCUGAUGUCUGUCAGUUCAUUUAUCAUUUAGUAGUUUAAGGUCUACUGGGGGCCUUGUCCCAGUUUUCAGACAGUAAUUAGUUUCAAUCAUGUAUUAGAGAUUUCGCAGACGGUUGUUCAGA